AUGCUGCUCUCGGCCGGAUUUUGCAUACCUGCGAUACUGUCCCUGAUCUUCACCUGGGAUAAGAUUCUGGAGAUCAACUGGAAGAGACGACGUCACGUGGAGCCGCUAGACACUCGGAUCGAGGGCGCCAACAUGACGGUUGGAGAGUUGAAAGGCAUCAACAACGUCGUGAGAAAGUUCUUGAGUGUCAUAGAGAUCCCCUUAUUUGGCGGGGUGAUCAUCACAAUCAUUGGGGUUGGCGAAGCAAAUUUCUUCAGUCCUCAGGUGCGGUAUAUGACGGAACCUAUGGCUUCGAUUGGGCAAUGGUCACCCAUAGCUGGAACAAUCUUGGCCGCACUUGGCUCUCUAUAUAUCCUGUGGUCGACUGGUGGUGAUGAGGCUCCGCAGGAGAAGCAUGUGGACCAUUGUGAGAACUCUGGCUCAUCGCGCCCCAGUCGCAGUAGCGAGCGACGACCAUCUCCCCGGCCUCCUUCCUCCACCUACUUCAGCCCCAAGGGUACUUCAGAGAAUGGCUUGGGCAUACGCUCAGAGUCGCCCAAUGCUAUUGAACUGAUCCCGACUAUCACGCAUCCCGGCUCCGAAUACCCUCAACCGAGCCCUACUUCUCACGAUGAUCAACAAGAGAAUACCCAAGCUGAUCAGCCGACAGCCGGUAGAAACGUUGUGCGCAAAUGGCUGACGUCUGCUGGCAAUUACCUGGGCGAUGCUGCGCAUGAGAAGCUCGAUACAGAUCAUGUCGGCAAUGACGAAGACACUCAUAGGUUUCCCGAAGUUCCUGGCGAGAUCCUACGAAAUCCCGAUCUAGAGAGGAUCAGUCGCACGUACAGUAAGCUCCGAGAAGAGAGGGAAAACAGCGUAUAUGCGGCAAGCAUUGCAUCUACAUCAGGUAUCGAGGGCAGUGCAUCUCCGCCACCUAUACAGGAUUCGCCGCGUCCCGAUAUCAGCCCUGUCCGACGACCAGAACGAAGGGCUACGCUAGAAGUACCAAAGGAAGUGCAUCGUAGAAGCGAGAGCCAUUGA